AUGAUGCUGCGAGAACUGCUGGCGCCAUCCUGUCUGGACCCCGAGCCGCUCCCCGGACCCCCGACCCAGCAGGCGCCAAGGACGCCACGAUGCCUCAGACCCAGUGGCAGGUCCUUCUGGCCUGCACGUCAGGACUCGGUCACCAACCUGCGUUUCCUCCAAGAGACAGCAGAGGGGCUGGCUCAGCCCCCUGCCCAGGAUACCCAGGCCCUGGGGCCCUGCUGGGAGCUGAAGGCCCUGGGGGUGCUGGGACCCUCACCUCUGGCCAGGAAUACCAGGGCCAUGCUGACCCCAAUUAGCCAGCAAGGAGGCAGCCUGGGGCCUCCCGGGAUUCCACCGGCCCCUUCAGCCCCACCCCAGAGGAGACUCCGGAAGCAGCCGAACCCGCACCAGGGCGCGGAGAAAGUGGACCCCUGGUUUGAGGGAGUGACCCUGAAGUUUCAGAUAAAGCCGGAUUCCAGCCUACAAAUCAUACCCAGCUACAGCCUGGCCAGCAGCAGCCGCUCUCAGGGUCCCCCUACAGGCCUCGAGGCCAACCUAGGAGGCAGCGAAGCCCUGGGGCCCCGGCGCUGUGCUUCCUGUAGGACCCAGAGAACCCCACUCUGGAGAGAUGCUGAAGAUGGGACACCUCUCUGCAAUGCCUGUGGUAUCAGGUACAAGAAAUAUGGCACCAGGUGCUCCAGCUGCUGGCUGGUGCCCAGGAAAAAUGUGCAGCCCAAGAGGUUAUGUGACAGAUGUGGGAUGUCCCUGGGCCCCAACCAAGGCCCAACCCAGGAAGGGUAAGCCCUUCCUCA